AUGGGCCUCCUCAGCGCGGCAUUCUGCUUCGCCAUGUACAAGCUCCCGCGGCGGGCGCGCCGGCGCCUGGGCCUGGCGGCGCUGCUGCUCGCGCUGGCCCUCAGCGUCUGCUACCUCGCUCUGCCGCCCGACGCGGGCGUGCGCCUGGCGCUGGGCUUCAACGCGUCGCGCGCGGCCAACUACCUGCGCGGCAAGGCCACGGGACGGGACGCCUGGCUGCGCGGGCCGGCGCGGCACCGCGUCGACCUGCGCAGCGAGGUCGGCUACCUGAUCAAGACGGGCUACGGGACGCGCCACCGCGUGCCGGCGCAGCUCGAGGCGCUGGCGCGCGCCGGCAGCGGCACGGGCGGCGUUCUGGGCGACGAGGGGAGGGGCUUCCUCGUCGUGGGCGACUGGACCACGGUCAACGAGACGGAUUCCAAGAGGAUGGGCGUCGAGGUCCACGACGCCAUCCGCAUGGUCAUGGAGACCAAGAUUGACGACGCGCACGCCGAGCACCAGCGCUUCGCAAAGUACAGGACCCUGCAGGGCGCGGUGGCCGCCGGCGACGAGGAAAAGGCCCUGGAGCUGGGCCGCAGCUACGGCUGGGAGCUCGACGCCCUCAAGUUCAUCAUGGGCCUAGAGUUUGCGCACAUGCGCCUCCCGCACAAGAAGUGGUACAUCAUCCUCGACGACGACACGUACGUGGUCAAGGAGUCGCUCGAGCUGCUGCUCAGCCACCUGGACCCCAAGGAGCCGCAGUACAUCGGCAACGCGGUGGGCGACUGGCGGGGGCGGUUCGCGCACGGGGGCUCGGCGGUGCUGCUGUCGGGCGCGGCCAUGAAGGCGCUCUUCGACCGGCGCGACGUGGUGGCGGCGGCGUACCGCGAGUCGCUCGACGAGACGUGGGGGGACCGGCUCGUCGCGACGACGCUGCAGAAGGUGGGCGUCAUCCUCGACGAGCGCUACUGCCACUACUUCAACGGCGAGGCGCCGCGCGUGACGCGCAUCCGCGCCGACCGCGUGUGCUCGCCCAUCGUGUCGUUCCACGGGCUGCGCGCCGAGGGCGCCAUGACCGAGACGGGGCGCCUGUUUGCCGGCGUCGCCGGGCCGGUCGUCUGGGGCCAGCUGUGGGAGCUGUACGGGCGACGGACCGGCGCGGCGGGAGGAGCCGGCGCCGGCAGCGGCACCGGGUCCGGGUCCCGGGACCAUGUGGGGCCGCGGGACGACCGUGUCAAGACGUGGAAGGGCGUGCGGGACGAGGCCGAGUGCGAGCGCAGGUGCGACAAGAACGGCUGGUGUCUCGCGUGGACGCACGACGCGGGCGCGGGCGAGUGCCACGGGAGCCCGUGGAUGGUCGUGGGGGGGGAAGACCAGAGCGGCGACGGACGGGCGACUUCGUCCGGGAUCAACUGGAAGAGGAUGAAGCCGCUGAUGGAGCAAUGCCAGCUCGCGGUGUAA